GCUGUUUGCCUGUCGUCCUUUGCUCACUCGCUGGUCGGCCUGUACGGGCCUCGCCCCCGCGUCUUGUGCUGAAGACAGUUUCUUUGAUUUCACCUCACGAGCACAGAGUCAGUUCUCUGAGGCAGCGAGAUUCAUCUCAGAGCUGUUAAAUCGAGUUGUUAUCAAGAUGAGAAUUAGGAGGUGUACCGACGUACUUUAGCAUCUUCUGAGUUCUGUGCAGAAACGAACAGGCAUCCACGUCUAGAAUUGCAUCCCGCAUUUGGCACACUCCGCUACAAACAUGGAGACUGGCACUUUCCGUCUGAACCCUCUCGCGCUCGCAUUCCUCUGAUGCCGUGUUGUGUUUCCGAAGCUUGGAACUGGGCGUGUUAUUUUACGACGUCCAUCUGAGGAUCACCAAAAGAAUAUUAGAAACAAGAAUGAGUGAACUUGUUUUCUGGUGACGUGAGAACAUUUCCCGUUGGAUUUUGUACCUCUUGCGGACUUUGGAUUACGCCUACUGCUUUGUGGGUCUCUACCGGAAACAUGCGUAAGAACUGUCUGGCUCGGGCAUUAUACGACAACAUAGCAGAGUCUCCAGAGGAACUUGCCUUCCGCAAAAAUGAUGUCCUCACUGUACUUGAGCAGAACCCUGAUGAUUUGGAGGGAUGGUGGCUCUGCGCUUUACGGGGACGCCAGGGUCUUGCACCAGGAAACAGGCUACGGCUGAUCCCACGCAUGUAUGACCCAACUGGUCUUGGCUACGCAACAGGAACAAUUCCAGACAAUGUGAAUAUGGGAACUAUCUCACCCCACCAGCAACAUAAUGUUGCCAUGAACAUAUCUGGAACAUACCCGGGACCAGGGAAGAGGCAUUCUACGCGGAGAUCAUGGAGAGUGGAUGCCAACAAGGUUGUGACCCCCAACAAGGUGGGAGAUGUAUACCUAUAUGAUGUGCCAGUGGGUGCCAAAGUUGCAGAAGAAUAUGACUUCCCUGCUCACUCAGCAUUACCUACACCAGUGACUCGUUUGCAUGCAGAUACUGUGGUCCCAACCAUCCAGUCUCUGCACAAGCUAACCUUACAGCCUUCAAGUGUACCAUAUGAUGAGCCUCGGCAAGCGAAUGUAUCUUGUGAUGCCUCACGUUCUACUCUAACUGCUGAGAGAGAAGCUUUGCUUUCUGAUGUUCCAGGUGUUACAGUGUAUGACAUUCCUCGAGGCAAUAUGGAUUACGACAUUCCGAAUCCAGAUCUCCCUGUUACGUAUGACACCCCACCACCACCUCGAGAGAUGUCCAAGGUGGCCUGUACUACGUACGACAUACCCCAAGAAAGUGGUUUGCAAAGUGCCAUGGGAGUGGUUACCUACGAUGUUCCCGUGUCUGGGCGCUCCAGUGGUGUUUCACUCAUGUCUACGAGCUCAUCAUCCGGCGGUGUCUCUCCUGCAAGCAGUCAGUCGAGUUUGAACACAUCGCUGUCCUUGUCCAGUCUGUGUGGCUCAAACAGAUCAAGCUUGGAGCAGGCCCAUGAUAUGUAUGACAUCCCUGCAUGUGGACCGAAACGUCCAGUAGAGGGACUGACGACUCGGGCCAGCUUGGGGGCUGUUCCACCUCCUCCUUGCCACGAUAUGGCUCCAUUACAGUUCUACGAUAUUCCCACCAAUAACGCUCCUGCCCUACCUUUGCAUUAUGACAUCCCACCCAAACGUGGGGCAAGGCCUCCAGCAACGGUGUCCUUGGAUGGAGUUUACGACGUUCCUCCACAGGUUACACGAGACAUACAAGUCCCACCUUCCACAGCAGAUGAAACAGAUUCUUCAAAACGCCAUUCUUCUUCAAGCACCGAGUCUCAAGAUUAUGAGGCUGUGGGAGAACUGAAAGAAAUCCACCUUGAACGGGAUGCAGCACUUGAAGUGCUUGUCAAAUUGCACCAGGAGGUGACAAGUGCUAUUACAAAACUCUUUUCUCUAACUCACUCAACCUGGAAGCGGCAAGAAAAUGCAACUGAAGCACGGCUUCAUGAUCUCAAACUCAACUGUUACAGACUACGCUCUUCACUCCAAGAGUUCCUAGCAUUUGCUCAGGGUGCCCUCACAAAUGCUGCUUGUGCAGAAGACAGAAAACUUUACCAAAAAUUAGCACGCCUGACUAAGCCACUCGCAGAUUCAUACCGUGUUGUGCUGGCCACAACUCAGUCACUGGAUGAGAAGGGUUGGCAGGUGGGAAACUACACAGGGUCCAGCCCAGACGCACUUGACCACCUAGUAGCAUGUGCUCGAGGACUGACAGAAGACAUUCAGCAAGUGGCUUCCACGAUACAGGGUAACUCUACCCUCAUCUUUAAACGGUCCCCACUUAUCAGCGAAAGUGGGAAGCGUCCACUACCAGCACCACCCAAGCGAGAAGAGGACCGUAGAGAAUGGGCCAAUGAUUACGAUUACGUUAACCUAGAAUCCAAAGAAGCUGUAGAAAGGGAGAAUGAAGAGAUUAAAGCGGCUCUUCCUGCAGAGCUUAGUCGAUCAUUUGAUAAGCUCUUGAAAGAGUCUCAAGUCACUGUUGAGGAAAAGAUCGAGGAACUACCGUCUGCUGGCCUAGACCAUGGGGAUGUGCAAAUAUUGACAUUUUACAGAGCACAAAUAGAUACCCAUAUCCUUUUCCUGACCAAUGCAAUUGAUGCUUUUCUGGCAACCAUCGAGAAUAAUCAGCCACCUAAGGUGUUUGUCGGACACAGCAAAUUUGUUGUGAUUUGUGCACACAAACUUGUGUACAUGGGAGACACGGUAUACCGCAAUGUGCUGAAUCAAGAGAUAAAGUCACAAGUGUUACAAUGCUCUACUAACUUAUGUGAGGCACUCAAGGUGCUGAUUAACAGCACAAAGAAAGCGGCACUACAGUUUCCAUCUGUGGCUGCAGUUCAACAAAUGGUGGACAGCAUCGUAGAUGUAUCGCACUUUGCCAAUGACCUCAAAGUUGUGGUGACACAGGUGGUUAAGAGAUAACAACAGCACAGAGGGUAUAAAAUAAUGAGGAGGCAUGGGAGAUGUCUACACGGGAUAGUCAAGUCACAAGUGAGCCAUUUUAAAAAGUUUUUAAGAUGCAAACUUUUUACAAGUAAUUUUAUUUGUACUUGUCUCCUGUAUGAAGCUAUGCGGGACUAUAACUGUUGGGAUGCAUUGCUUAUUAUUGAGGACAUGCAUUGUUGUAGUCCAUUUGCAUCACAUUGCUGUCUGAGCUUGUUACGUGUAGUUCUGCACUGCUACACUAGAAUAAGCAGUUACUUGGGUGUACCUUAGGUACUAAUAACAUGGUACAUACUUGUUGCACUAUGUUUAAGGGCCUGGUGCAUCAGUUCUUGUUAAUGUGAGUGAUACCUCAUCGUAGUCCUUGCACUAUAAAAUGAGGUGGAUCCAUACUGCUAUAUUAAAGUGCAGAGGUCAGCAAAUGGUAUAAUUUUUCCAGCUUACCCCUUAACCCGCUUUCCCCUAUGUAUAAUGCAUCAUGCAGAUUUACCUAUUGCACAUCCACAGUGUGGAGAGAUAGAAAAAAAAACUUGACAUGUUUAAUUCAUUCAGGGUCAUUUCCUGCUGGCAUACUUUUUAUUUGAGGCACGUAAAGCCAAAGUGCCAAGACUUGCAUGUACCCAUGUUUUAUUUUGAUAAUUUGUGUCAUAAUUUUAAGUCAUGGGCCUACGUUGAAUAACAUUUACCAACUGACAUAUUGAUUGUUUCCAUUUUGGGUGUAUUUGUGAUUAUGUGGUACAUUGUACUUCCGUGAAAUAACCAAGGGCGUGUGCCAAAUUGCCCUAUUAACGCCCUGUCGAUUGAUGGGAUACGAGAGUUUGUAGGUUUGGUAUGUUUUAAUACAGAUGGAUACCUUGCAGUAACCAGAGUACAAUUUGAAAGAUAGAGGGAAAAAAAAGCAACAGAAAGAAACUUUCAGAAUCCCAACACUACUAACUAAAAAGUAUAAUUGUUUUGAGCUGAAGAGUUGAACUGAGGGUCCUGCAAAAAGCCUUCCUCCGCCAUUGGCAGACGAGUUCUAUCAAGACAGGUAUGAACCAAUUUACGAUAUCGCAUCAGUCAACAGUACUCAUCAAUUUAGGAUACUUUUUUUACAAAGUAUGUGUUCCCCCUUGAAAGCAAAUAUAGCAUGUGUUAAGACAAUAUGUACCAGUCACUUUGCAUACCUAUUCUCCUUCUGGUACCAUGAAAUACAAAGGUAAAGCAUAGAGAAUGAAGUCAUGUGGUCCAUUCAAUGUGAUUCACUUUUGUAUGUGCAUCUUUGUAAGAGUAUCUCAUAACCACUUUUGCAUGUGCUGCCACAGAAUGGACAGAAAAAUGUUGGCAAAAUUUCAUAGCACAUAGGUUUAUGCUAUACCAUAUGUAGGCAGCAAAAAUAGGAGUAUUAGCCCCUUAAGAGCCACGGACAAGCUGAGACCGUGGGUGGCGUCCGAAUUAAUAAUAACGUAGACGAGCUCGCUUGUCCACAAGUGCUUUUGUAUUCCUCAAUGCCAGAGACUCAUUUGCCACUCUGGAGGCAAGGUGUGCUGCCACUGAUGGUAGCACACAUUUUUAUUUCUACACUAUUGUCAUUUCUUCUGGGAUAAAUAUGUAUAGCAAUGCAAGUUGCAUCACAUAUAUGAAAAAAUGUACAUUUUUGGGGAAACAGUUUUGAAAUAGCUUCCAUACUUUAUUAAAGUAACAUAGCACUUAAGGGGUUAAUGUUGUGCUAUAUGUUGGCAUGUUAAGUUGUCCUUCAGAACUCUGGCUGGGUAGUUUACAUUCUGGUUGUGUGCUACUGAGACAACAAAAUGCCAACCUUACAUCGUUGCAACAUUUUAUAGGAUGUAGUUUACUCAUUUUUACUAUGAACUUUUUGAAUACUUCAUAUUUGUGCACAUGAUCCCAGCACUUUUGCAAGUGCUCAUGUAUCAUUUGAUAACUUUUCCUGGCAUUUAUGUAGGCCAAGUUUAGUGCAAAUGAAGACCUCUAUGAUAAAAAAAAGUCUAAAUUUUCCUACACACACAAACGGCAAAAAGGGUAGCUACUUUUAAGUAAGUUAUGUAUCCGUAACAAGUGUUCCUAGUCACAGAAAGCCCUUGGAAGGGCGUCAACUUUAGUGCAAUGUGAACCCAAUUUACGUGAAUAUCUAUUCUGCUUAAAACGCAUUGAAGCAUGCAAGUUAAGCAAAGACUACGAAACCUUGUCUUUUGAAGGUGAACCCGUGGAGCAUGUGGAAAAUGCAUGUAAUAGCGAUGUGGCAAUAGAUUCUGUGGUCACGAUGCAGUGGUUAAAAGUGGUGUUCACACAAAUGUUUGUUAUUCACAGUGUAAUACAGUGCAAGCAAAUAUUGUAUACUUAAUAAAGACAUACACGAUUUUUCUUCAGCUCA